ACUCAAUCUACCGAUCCAAAGCUUGUUAGAGAACUUUACCUCAUUUUUAACAAGACUUUACACUGGAUUGUCACCCUGGACAAAUAAAAUAUUUUUUACUUACAUUCUAUGAAUAAAAAGUGAUCCUCAGGCUUUCUAACUUAGAAGAUGCUGCAGUCUUGUACCCUGCAGAGCAGAGAACAAGUGCACAUGUAACUGGAAUCUGAGGAAGACUGUGACAGAACUGUGGAUGGUCAACAGAAGAUUUUUUUAACCAAAAUUCAAGACGAAACAUUGAUGGUAACCACAAUCCUAUUCAACGGUCACUGUAAAAGAGAUGGAGACGGUGUUGCGAAUGGGAUUUCGGAUUUGUAAAAUUCUAAUAUUCCUUGCACUGAUGCUUCCAGGUGGAAGAACAAUUGCACAAAGAGCAGGAUGUAAAAACGUUCAGUAUGACUUGGUCUUUAUACUGGAUACCUCAUCCAGUGUGGGAAGAGAGAACUUCGAAAAGGUCAGGCAGUGGGUGGCCAACUUAGUGGAGACAUUUGACAUUGGACCAGACAAGACACGUGUGGCUGUGGUUCGGUAUAGUGACAGGCCUACCACAGAGUUUGACCUUGGGCGAUACAGAACUCUGGAAGAAGUCAAAAGUGCAGCUCGGAAUAUCAGGUACCUUGGAGGAAACACCAACACUGGAGAUGCCAUUAGUUACACUACCACUCGCAUCUUCCAAGAUGCGAGGCCCAAUGCACAAGGUAUCAAGAAGGUUGCCAUCUUGAUGACAGAUGGAAGGAGCCAGGAUUAUGUUUUGGAACCUUCCAAGGCUGCCCAUCAGGCCGGGAUAAGGAUGUUUGCAGUUGGCAUUGGCGAAGCUCUCAGAGUUGAGCUGGAGGAGAUCGCUUCAGAACCAAAGUCUGCUCAUGUGUUUCACGUUUCUGAUUUCAACGCCAUUGACAAGAUAAGAGGGAAACUGAGGAGACGGCUCUGUGAGAAUGUGCUCUGUCCAAAUGUUCACAUUGAGGGCGACAGGUUUAAGUCCAUCAGUGGCAAAGACAUGGAUGAAAUUCCAGGUUUUGAUCUUAUGGAAUAUUUUAAUGUGAAAGACAUUUUUGGGAUGAAAGAUGAUAUUAGUCAAAGUGCCUACGUACGACUUGGAACCAUGCCUAUUGUCCAGCAGACUGAAGAUGUAUUUCCUCAAGGUCUUCCAGAUGAAUAUGCUUUUGUGACCACAUUCAAGUUCAGAAAAACCUCCAGACGAGAAGAUUGGUACCUCUGGCAAAUUUUUGACAAGUAUGGGAUACCACAGGUGUCCAUUAGAUUAGAUGGAGAGAACAAGGCAGUUGAAUACAAUGCCGUUGGACUAACAAAGGAUGCAGUGAGAGCCGUCUUUAAGAACCCUGAAGUUAAUAACUUGUUUGACCGCAACUGGCACAAGAUAGCCCUAAGUGUUCAAGCCAGAUCAGUGUCCCUCUAUCUGGAUUGCAAACUCAUAGAAACUCUGCCCAUCGAUGACAGGGAAGACAUUGACAUCCGAGGGAAAACUGUCAUUGGCAAGAGGCUCUAUGACAGUGUGCCCAUUGAUUUUGACCUACAGAGAAUGGUGAUCUAUUGUGACUCGAAGCACGCAGAGUUGGAGACCUGUUGUGACAUCCCAUCUGGUCCUUGCCAAGUCACUGUUGUGACAGAGGCCCCUGUCAUUGAUGUCACAACACAGAGAAGCGGAGAGCAGCACAGUGGUCACCAAUCAGUGAACUGUACCUGUCCGGCUGGUGAAAAAGGAGAGGUUGGCCCACCUGGAACAGAAGGUUCAAAAGGAGAAAGGGGGGAACCUGGUAGUCAGGGUGCAAUUGGACCAGCUGGCCUUAAAGGAGAAAAAGGAGAGCCUGGCAGAGGGAUUCUUGUCAAAGGUGAAAAAGGUGAAAAGGGCGAGGAAGGUGAGCAAGGGGAAACUGGAUUAAGAGGAGAAAAGGGGGACAAGGGUACACAUGGACCUGCAGGUCUUGCUGGGAAACCAGGGAAUAAAGGAGAAAGGGGAGAUCCAGGAGAGCCUGGUGAGAUUGGUUUACCUGGACCUCUGGGACCAAAGGGAUCAAAAGGUGAAAUUGGCUCUCCAGGGUCUCCUGGAGCCAGAGGAAUACCUGGAGAGAAAGGCGGUAAAGGAGAUAAGGGAAGUGAUGGUGAGAAGGGAGAACGUGGCAUUGAUGGAUUUCCUGGCAAACCUGGUGCCCCUGGUAAAGAUGGAGACAAAGGAAGCAUUGGAUUGCCUGGUGUUAUUGGAUCCAAAGGCCAGAAGGGUGAAAUGGGGCCGGCUGGUUUACCAGGCGAUGUGAUUCAAAAGGAAGGCUUUAAGGGAGAACAAGGACCACCAGGACCCCGCGGCCCCCCAGGACCUGAUGGACCUCCAGGACCCCCUGGUUUACCUGGUACUGAUGGACUACCUGGAGAGCCUGGCUUACAAGGUCAAAGAGGAAGGAAAGGAGAAAGUGGGCUGCCUGGAGUUGAUGGGUUGCCAGGACCACCAGGUCCCCAGGGUCCUCCUGGAAAUCCUGGAAAUAUGGGACAUCCUGGACCUCCAGGCUUACCAGGUGAAAUUGGAUUUUCUGGCAAACCAGGAGAGCCAGGAAAACCUGGCUUACCUGGUAAAGAUGGGCUGGAUGGCCUUCCAGGAAAUGAUGGGCCAAAGGGUUCACCAGGAGAACCAGGUCUAGAUGGGUUCCCUGGAAAACCUGGUCCUAAGGGAGAUAUGGGACCACCAGGACCAAUCGGUCUACAGGGAAACAGAGGAGAGGCAGGGCCUCCAGGUUUGCCUGGAUUAAUUGGCGCAAGAGGUGAAAAAGGAAGUCAAGGUGAACCAGGAAGAGAAGGAGCCAUGGGACCAAGAGGGGAAAAAGGCAGUCAGGGCGAUAUUGGUCCAGAAGGGCCUGCUGGACCCCCAGGAAAAGUUGAAACGGUGGAAGCAGAGCCUGGAGAACCUGGUGAGCCUGGACAAAAAGGAGAGAAGGGGGAUCAAGGACAGCCAGGUGAUCCUGGGCCAAGGGGUGUAGCAGGAGAGCAAGGUCGUACAGGACCAGCCGGGCCUCCUGGUCCGAAAGGGGAGCCUGGACUCCAGGGCGAGUCUGGUAGAAUUGGUGAUCCGGGUCCACCAGGAUUACAAGGCCCUCCAGGUGUCCGUGGUUUACCUGGGAGUGUGGGAGUACCAGGUAAUCCUGGCCUACCUGGAAAUGAUGGUCUCAGAGGAGAAAAGGGAGAACAAGGAAAAGAUGGACCGCAGGGACCAACAGGGCCUCCAGGGGAAGCUGGGCCUGCUGGGAUUCCUGGGCUGCCCGGAAAGGGGAAAGAUGGAGAACCUGGAGAGCCAGGAGCACGUGGUUUGCCAGGACUUCCUGGCCCUAAGGGUGAAACUGGUGCCCCUGGGUUACAGGGUCUUCCAGGAGACAGAGGCCCACCUGGUAUUGGGCGUCCUGGACCUCUGGGACCAGCUGGAGCCCAGGGUGAAAAAGGACCACCGGGCCUAAGAGGAUUACCUGGUGUUGCUGGUCCACAGGGUUCACCAGGGCAUAAUGGUUUGCCAGGGAGACAAGGUGACAGGGGUCCCCCAGGAGAGCCAGGAAAAGCCGCAGAACUUUCUGAAAAAGAUCUUUCAGCUUUCCUUAAGGAUAUGUGUAAAGAUUGUCCACCGGGACCUCCUGGGGUGCCAGGUAUGCCAGGUUUUAAAGGAGACAAAGGGCCAGCAGGCCCUCCAGGAAAAGAUGGUCGAGACGGGUACCAGGGACCCACUGGGCCUCCAGGUCCCCCAGGGCCACGUGGGAUGGAUGGCAUCAAGGGUGGAAAAGGGGAUCGCGGACCUCCUGGUGAAGCUGGAGAGAAAGGUGAAAAGGGAUUACCAGGGGCUCCUGGAUAUCCUGGGGCAGCGGGAUUACCAGGGCAAUCUGGAGCAGAUGGUAGCCCAGGACCUGCAGGUCCACCAGGAGCUCCUGGGGAAAAGGGUAAAGAGGGUCUUAAAGGAAUCCAGGGGCCACCAGGACUACCAGGUUUAAUGGGAUUGGCAGGAAAGAAUGGAAAAGAUGGCAGUCCAGGAGAGCCAGGAGAUCCGGGUAAACAGGGGGAACCAGGUCCUCCAGGCAGAGAUGGAAUGCGAGGACUUCCUGGUUUUAAAGGACACAGAGGAGAACCUGGUCCUCUUGGUCCCAAAGGUGAAGAAGGAAAAAUUGGACACCUUGGACCCCCAGGAAAACCUGGAAAAGAUGGUGACCCUGGUCGCCCAGGUGCAGAGGGACCCAGAGGACCUAGAGGAGAACAGGGUAAAAGUGGCCCACCUGGACCACAAGGAAAAGCAGGACCCAUAGGAAAUCCGGGACCCCAGGGUCAUAAAGGAGAUAGUGGAAGCCCUGGACUGCCUGGCUUUGCAGGCCCGCGAGGGCCUCCGGGACCACCAGGUGAACCAGGCCUUCAAGGAAAGGAUGGCAUUCCAGGCAAGACGGGAGACCGUGGGUCUAAAGGAGAAAGGGGGGACUCUGGGAUCAAGGGAGAUAAAGGGCCCCCAGGGGACAAUGGCCUCCCGGGAGAACCCGGACCUCCAGGAAGGAAAGGACACACAGGCAUGAUGGGCAUGACAGGACCUCAGGGGGAAAGAGGGCCAGCAGGGCCCCAGGGGGCACCAGGACAGCCAGGCUUCCCCGGGCCCCGGGGAGAGUCAACGUCACUGGAAGAAAUGCGAAGAAUGAUCCAAGAGGAAUUAGCUAAACAGUUAGAUGCCAAAAUGGCAUACCUCAUGGCUCAGAUACAGCCAGCCCAUGUGAAGUCCAGUCCUGGCCGCCCAGGACCACCUGGGCCUCCAGGCAAAGACGGGCUUCCUGGGCGAUCUGGUCCACCUGGAGAGCCUGGCAGCCCGGGACAGAAUGGAGCAGAAGGACCGCGGGGACCAAUCGGUCCUAAAGGCGAAAGAGGAGCAAAAGGUGAAAGAGGUGAAACUGGCAUCGGGCAGAGAGGAGAGAUUGGUCCUCCUGGUCCAGCAGGUGCACCAGGAGCCCCAGGUUAUGCAAAAGAUGGAUUGCCUGGGACACCAGGGCCCCAGGGAGAACCAGGGAACCCUGGGACACAUGGUCCCCCAGGCCCACCAGGACCCAAUGGACAGUGUGACCCCUCUCAGUGCGCUUACUAUGCAAGUCUGGCUGCCAGGCCUGCCAAUGUCAAAGGCCCUUAAAACACAACUGUGGAGAAUAGUAUUCUUAUGAACUUGGAAAUUCAAUGAACUCAUUUUUUAAUAUACUCAGUUCUGGGGUUUACAAGCCAAGACUGCUGCCGGUCAGAUAUUUUUUUUUGUGUCAGAUAUUUAUCUUCAUUGUCAGGGAUUAUUAUUAAAAUGAUAUAAAAAAAGACGUGUAAAAAGGCAAUGUCAUAAAAGAGCAAUUCCUGUGGUCUCAAAACCAUGCCACGACUGUUUGAAAUAUCUGCUGGUUCUCAUCCGGGGAUAGUGUUGGCUUUGGAUUCAAAUGUGAGCAUUUCUGAGUGGGUUAAAAUUGUCCCAGUGGGAUUAUGUAUUUCUUCUUUGAUGAUGGAGAAAUUGCUUUGGCUCUGGGAUAAUUGCUGAUCGAAUAUUUUUUUUAAUAUAUAUGUAGACUUAUCUGUAAUUUUUAUUUAGGUUUGUGAAUGAAUAUAACUUGUGGCUUUUUUCCUUUUUGUUUUACCUUAAAAUGACCUUACAUUCUGAUUUAUUUCUGUUAAGAACAUUUAAGAUUUAAGAUCACCUCCUGUGUUCUUCAUUCUCAUGUAAAAUCCCACCUCAAACUUCUUAUCAUUAAGCAUUAAGGAAAAGGAAAGGAAAAAUUCACAGGACUCAUGUCAUGUGACUGUGUCACAUGAGACAUAUGUGGGCCUUAUUGAAGUCUUUUGUGACAAAGCAAUUAUGAUUAUCAGUCAUUAAAAAAAGCUACAGCCUGGUUAGUCUUGCAUGGUAAAUUGAAAGAUAUUUAUAUGAAUUGUAUUCCUUUUUUAAUUUCAUAGUGGAUGCACAUCCUUGGGAAAAAAAAGUUAACUUUAAGUGGACA